AAGGAGGCCAUGAUGGAGGAGCACCAGCCUCUUAUAUCACAAGAAAAUUCCAUUAUGAAAUGUGAAAAUGUCAUGUUACCACUAGAUGAAGAUAUCCUGCAGCGCUCUUCAGGAGAAAACCUCAUUACCCUUAAUGUACAUCCAGGUCUUCACAGUACAGAUCUGUCAUAUAAUCCUCCUAGUUAUGAGGAACCUUCUACUGACCAAUCACAGAUUGUUACCACAAGUACAAGUCAGAAAAGGAUUAAAAGGUUUCAUUGUGGUAAAGAAUCCACAAACAGCUCAGGACUUUCUACACACCGAAGACGUCGCAAAGGAAAGAAAAUGUAUUCAUGUUCAGAAUGUGGGAAAUGUUUUACACAGAAAACACAACUUGUUAAACAUGAGAGAAGUCACACAGGCGAAAAACCAUAUUCAUGUUCAGAAUGUGGGAAAUGUUUUGCACAGAAAUCCACUCUUGUUACACAUGAGAGAAGUCACACAGGCGAAAAGCCUUAUUCAUGUUCAGAAUGUGGGAGAUGUUUUGCAGUGAAAUCCACUCUUGUUACACAUGAGAGAAGUCACACAGGAGAGAAGCCAUAUUUGUGUUCAGAAUGUGGAAAAUGUUUUACAGCGAAAUCCAAUCUUGUUAUACAUAAGAGAAGACACACAGGAGAGAAGCCGUAUUCGUGUUCAGAAUGUGGGAAAUGUUUUACAGAGAAAUCACAUCUUGUUAUACAUAACAGAUGUCACACAGGAGAGAAACCAUAUUCAUGUUCAGAAUGUGGGAAAUGUUUUACACAGAAACCGAAUCUUCUAAAACAUAAGAGGAAUCACACAUUAGAGAAGCUGUAUUCAGAAUAAAAAUGUUUUUUUCCUAAAGCCAUAAUUAGGGGUCAUUAGUGAAGUCACACAAGAGAGAAGCCAUAUGGCCACAAUAUAACAAAACAAUAUAUUACUGGGUCAUAGACAUUGUUUUCAUUUCAGGUUGUAUAUUUGGAUAUAAAAGCUUAAUUGAUGUCACAUAACGGCUUCUAUAAAACAUCUGAUAAAUCCUG